AUGGAGAUGAAGAAGAGUGAAUGUGAGAGAAAAACCAAAGAACAAGAGUUCAAUGAAGAUAGCAUACAAAGUAUAAUAUUCACAUUAGGUACUUUUCUUCUAAUGCUUUGUCUAAAGGGUUUCUUAGUUGAAAAAUGGCGUUCUUAUAUGUUUAUUAUUCUCAAUGUGAUUCUAUUAGCCAUUCUUUACAUGUCUAUGAAGCCAAAUUAUUGGAGUAGUAGAAAUUUAGAAAAUGAAAGCAAUGUUGAAGAAGUGAAAAAUGAUGACAAAGAGAAGAAAGGGGCAUGUGAAUUUUCUCAAGAAAUUGAAGAAGAAAAAGAAUGUUACAAAAAACAGUGUUGGAAUAGUACUAGUAGUUUUCAUCAUGUUGAUGUUGAGAAUGAGAUUGAUGAUGAAGAGGAAGAGGAUGAACAUGUGGAAGUGUUGUCUAAAGAAGAAUUGAAUGAAAGAGUUGAAGCAUUCAUAGCUAUGUUUAGGAAACAUUUGAUUUCAGAUGAUAAACAAAGUGACAAUUUUAGACACCAAAAAACAUCAAAUUUGGCAACAAAGAUUCAAGUUUCUUGUUGUUGA